CGCCAGCGCUGUAACAGACAGGCUGCUACAAUGUUACAGCGUCUGUAAUAAUAACACGGAAGUACGCAGUCCCUGUGUCUGGGUGGAGAAACAUGGCUACCGUAGUUUAGAGCUGAACUCGUUCACAUGCUGUGCUUAGUGUGAUCAACAACUAUUCGUGUUCAACACGAUCGCUGAUAGUUCUGUAAAGAUAACAGCAGACUGCGAGGUUUCCAGUAUAGACAGUCUUCCCCGGAGCAUAAGAAAAGCCGCUGUGUUUGUAUUAAUGGAAGAGGCGAGAGUGAGACGCGUCUGUGAAAUGAAAGAAGAGAUGGAUAUCUGCGCAUCCUCCGCGUCUCUCCUUGAGGAAGAACUCGCCUCUGCUAUCGAGCCUGCAGUGAAAGCGGCUGUGCUGAGCGUCAUGUCUGCGUUAGCAAAGUUCGUGGACAGUAAAUGUGCAGUUUUCAAUCUCAGACUGGACGAAAGAGAUCAAGAAUUCGAAAGCGUGAGAUUGCGAUUGGAAAUAGCGGAGAGCGAGUUGAAAGCCGUAAGCGAACGAGAAUACACGAACACUGGCGAUAAGAACUUCACCCAAUCUCUUACGAACACCAAUGAGCAAUACUGCGGGGUUGACAUGGAUGUCCUUCACGUCCCCGAGCUGCAGCAGGAAGAGCACAGAUUGGUCCACACGAGGACAGCGGAAUGGAGACACACAGUGGAAGGUCCUGCAGAGAGAAAUGCUCUCCCUCAUGCUGAGGAAGGGUCGAAGGCAGAAUCAGUUCCCAUUCAAGAGGAGCUCUUUGACCAGGAAUGGUGCAGGAGUCCAGAGCAGGCUACAGAGCUGACAUCUAUUGAAGGGGAGGAGGAGAAACCUGCACUAGAUCCUGUCCACAUUAAUGAAGAGAUCCCUGGAAUUGAACCGGUCAUCAUUAAAGAGGAGGUUCUUGAACUUGAAUCUGACCCCAUUGAAGAGGGGGGUUCUGACCACUUUGAAAGACAGCAGCAAAUUCACACAGGAGAGAAACUGCAUCUCUGCACUGUGUAUGGGAAGAGUCUCUGUACAUCAACAGAGCUGAAAAGACACCACCGAAUUCACACAGGAGAAAGACCGUACUGCUGCACUGAAUGUGGACAGAGUUUCAAUACCUCUACAGAACUGAAAAGACACCAUCGCUUUCACACAGGAGAGAAGUUACACCAUCUUAAAACACACCAGCAAAUUCACCAUCGAAAGAAGCUGUUUCACUCUAGUGGGUCUGAGAAACGUUUCUCUCAGCUAGGAACCCGGACACUGCAUCAGCGAAUGCACACAGGAGGGAAGCUGUAUCAUUGCACUUACUGUGCAAAGGAUUUCAAUACAGCAGAAGAACUCAAAAUACACCAGAGAUCUCACACAGGAGAGAAACCGUAUCGCUGCACUGAGUGUGAGAAGAGUUUCAAACAAGUAUCCCGCCUUAAAUCCCACCAGCGAAUUCACACGGGAGAGAAACCGUAUAGCUGUGAUUACUGUGGGAAGAGAUUCACUCUGUCUACUGACCUGAAAAGACACCAACGAAUUCACACAGGAGAGAAACCUUAUAGCUGCACUGAUUGUGAGAAGAGUUUCAAUCAAAUAUCCCACCUUAAAGCCCACCAGCGAGUUCACACAGGAGAAAAGCCAUAUAGCUGUAAUCACUGUGGGAAGAGAUUCACUCAGGCAGGAAAUCUGAUGUCACACCUUCGAGUUCACACAGGGGAGCAGUCGACUCAGUGAGCUCAAUAAGAGAGAUUUUAUUUUCCACUCCCAGUUGUAAAAGCACACAGUAUCCAGACACUUCACUAGGAACAGUAGCACUGUGCCUCCAUCACAAGAUGACUCAGUCUAGUGGAAGUGGAGAGUAUAUAAGACCCUGAGAUGCAAUUGGUCUUUUUUAUACCAUUGUCAAAAUGAACCUGUUUUUUGACCCUCAAUUGUCUAAGUUAGUAAAAUGUAAAUCCUGGAAAUUACUUGUAUGAUUUUUUGCAUGAAUGUAUAUUAUAUUAUAGUUAAGAAUACUAACUUCAUUUAAUUCAUACUUACAGAGCCUGUUUGUCAGAUUCCUGUCAUUCAACACUUCAGAGAUAAGAAGGCUCAAUCACUCAAAUAAAAGCCCCAUUAAAUACUA